UCAAGCGCCCACGUCUAGUCGCCGCGCCACCGAGGCCAAAUAUUUGUUCGAGAGGUCGAAGGCGUGAAGCGCUCUGAGGGCACCGUCCACAACAACCCCGGCAAAUCUUCAAGAUGAAGGUCGAGAUCGACACAUUCUCCGGCUACCGUAUCUACCCCUCGAAGGGCAAGCUCUUCGUCCGUGGCGACAACAAGAUCUUCCGCUUCGCCAGCGGCAAGAAUGAGUCGCUUUUCCUCCAGCGCAAGAACCCCCGCAAGAUCGCUUGGACAGUGGUGUACCGCCGGAUGCACAAGAAGGGUAUCACGGAGGAGGUCGCGAAGAAGCGUUCGCGCCGCACCGUGAAGCACCAGCGUGGCAUUGUCGGCGCCGACCUCGCCACCAUCAACGCGCGGAAAUCACAAACCGCCCAGGUCCGUCUGGCGCAGCGGUCGGCCGCCAUCACGAAGGCCAAGGCGGAGAAGAAGGACAAGGAGAGCAAGAAGGAGAAGAAGCCUGCGACCCGCGCACCCGUCUCGACGGCCCCCCGCGUGUCGAAGCAGCAGAUGAAGGGUGGCAAGGGCGGCCGUUGAGCUGUGCUUGCGGAUUGGUCUUCUGUCGCUCUGAUAUGUUAUGUUUCGGCCUCACCCACACACCGCAAAAUGUAUGGAUACAGCAUGCCACCACGCUUAUGACACUAUGCCCUUGCUGUGCUCCGCCAGAUGCCCUUGCUUGUCGGAUGCAAGGCUCAGGAGACUGCACCUAUCUCUAGCUGCCGAUUCGACCUAGGAAUCUCUUUAGAUCGCCUCUUUCUCGCGUCUGGGUAAUCACGAAGGCCGACGGAAACGAUGUCCGUGUUCAGUGCUCGGCGAGGAUGAGGCCACUCUUCUAGUAUCUCUUGUCUGUCGAUUCCAUUGAUUGAUGGCCUUUGCCCUGAA